UUUUUCUAGAGUAAACGAGUUAAUUUGGUCUAUAAAGAACUUUAAGUAGAAAUAGCUAUAAACUAGAGGUGUAAAAAAACGGGAAAAAAACCCGUCCCAGGGUUUUGUACCAACUGCCUGCUCCGCGGACCAGGCAGUUGGUGCGAAACCCUGCGAUGGAUUUUAAUUUUCUGGAUCUGGAUUACACAGCUCUACUAUAAACUAAAAAUCCAUGCUGGUGCUUCACUGCUGCCCUCCUGCGCUGUUUCCGUGUGUUUGCGCGCUUGUUGCUUAGCAACCGUCAGUGAUACACAAAGCUGAAGAUAAACAGCAUCACCUGUCUGCGUCUGAACAGAUUUUGAUGCGUGCUGUGCGAUGCCUGACACUGAACUAUUAAAACAUCCUUUAGUGGAAGAUGGAGGCAGUUUACGAGUUCAGGGUAAGAUGCCAAACACUUCCUCAGCGUGUGUGGAGAAAGCCCUGUGGCACAUUAAAGAGCUGAAGAAGAAGCUGGAGAUCAGUCGCCAGCAGGAAACUAAUAAUCAGCAUGUUCACUGCAAGGGAAAAAAACUAAAUGACAGCACCAUGGGGAUAGAUGGUGUUCUGCAGGAGGCCACGACACUUCUGCAGCGUCUGGAGUCAGAGCGACAGAAGGCUACAGAGGCUCUGCAGAAAGAACAAAUAAAAAGACAAACACUGAUCAAAAAGCAGGAAGAUCUUUUUCUGUGGAAACAGCAGCAUUUUCCUGCAGCAGUGCAAAACGAGUACGAGUCCAGUAUCAGAGACAUCACUGAGCUGAAGUGGCAUCUUAAAGUAAAGAAAGAUCAGAUGCAGAAAGUGAGGAACAGUCUGAACCACAUAGAGACACAGAAUCAGCAGCUGGUGGAGGAAAUGGAUUUUUUAAAGAAGCACGGUCCACUCAUAAAGGAGAAGCUGCAGCUGGAGAGAGAAAUGACGAAACAGGUGAAAUCAGCCCAGGCUGAGGCUGAAGACAGAUUCUCCCGGCGGUCUGAUGAUCUGAUCAGAGAACAGCAGGAUCUGGACGCUGAGGAGCUUCUGGCCAAUAGAGAAAGAGAGGAAAUGAACACGGAGCUCCAGGACUCUCGGAAACAUCUCAAAGAUCAACUCUCUGAUCUCCAGAAGCUGAAGUUAUUUGGGGAUAAUUGUCGCACCAAAAUCCACGAAACUAAGAAGAAGAUUCCAUUAAAAGAGAAGCAGCUUGGUGCCACACGCCUCCAGAUUUCCUCUCUAGAAAAACAAGAAGCUAAAAUAAAUGAUACUUUAGUGGAGCUAAGAGCGAAACGAGAGAAUAACAAGAAGAAACAGCUGGAAAUUGAAGAGGUUGAUAAACAGAUCGUGAUGACUAGGAGUGUAAAUGAAUUAAAGCUCUCUGAGUUUGAGGAGAUCUUCAAUAAGAAGCGUCUGGAGCUCCUGCAUCUUCAGGAUCAGAAUAAAGAGCACGAGAUGGAAAUUGAGGACUACAAUAAAAAGAUCAUCCAAAGUAAAGAGAUGCUGAAGGAGCUGCAGCAGGACUGUAAUCAGAUUCUGGAGAAGAUCAGAGUAAAUGAAGAACAGAGGAAGCAGAUCAGUGCAGAACUUUCACUGUGGUUUACUCAGCUGACAAACACCAAAACCAGACUGGAGGAGCUGGAGCAGCAAACCUUCAGACAGGAGCAGAGAAACCGGGAGGAAACUGAAAAACUGAAGAUUGAGCUGAUGAGUGAGAUGAAUGAGGCGGCAGUUCUCAAGGGUAAUAUUUCCUCGAGUUUGGAAGAAUAUAAUCUGCUGAAAGCAGCCAAUCAGAGAGAGGAAGCUGAUCUGAAGGAGGAAUAUGAAGCUGUAUUCUCUGCUGCUGCUCAGCUGGAGAGUGAGGUGCUUCAGCGUAAAGAGAUGCAGACUGAGAAAAGUGUGGCUCUGGAACGUAAACUGAACGACAUUCUGACUAAACGUAAAAUCCUGUCUGAUGAUCUGGAAAAGCAGAAGAGCGUCUGUCUGCAGCAGCUGGAUUCAGAACAGAGAGCCUUCAGUGCUGUUUCAGUGAGCAGUGAACAGACGUCCUGCAGGAUUGAGGAGCUCAGGAUAAGGUCUGAAGAACACAGAGAAGAAUCAGAAAGAAUGGAAGAAAUCAUUACCAGCGUGCCUCAUGAUAUAGAGGAGCUACAGAACACGUACGAGGUGGUGGAGUAUAAGCUUAAAACAGUGAGUGAGAUGAUGAACAGAGUGCAGUGUGAUGUAGAGAACUGCAGAAACAGAAACAGACGUUCUGAGGAAACCUUUUCUACACUUCUCUCCCAGCGGCGGGAUGUUAUGCUGAAUAUUGAGGCUAAUUUGGAGAAAGCUCUAAAAGAGAACGGAGAGCUGGCUCAGGAGUACAGAGCUCUGCAGAAAGCUCUGCUGAUCUCCAGACGAGAAGCUUCCUGCGCUUUACUCCAGAAAAACACAGCUCAGGCCUCUCUCCAUGAUUACAAACAGCUUUCAUUGUUGCAGAGGAGGAUGCAGGAAGACAUGCUGGAAAACUUCGAACACCGCAGCGUCUACAGCCAGGCUGAGCUGGCCCGCUGCCAGGCCCUCUCCAACGAGAACAACCAGAAAAUGAAAGCCCUCCAGGAGAAGUGUUCGGGGGCGAUCGACCGCAUCUCAGCCUUCCUCCAUACGCUGACAGAUAACUCAACUACCCGCCACGAUGCUGCUGCCGCUGCCACUGCUGCCGCCACUGCUACUGCCACUGCUGCUGCCACUGCUACUGCUGCUGCAGACCAACUGGAGCCUGUGGAGGACGGCAAUGGAUUGAACGGGGAGACGCCUACAGAGGAGUAAUUGGACACUCACCUGUGCCGUGCACCAGACAACUCACUUACACCCCCCCCCCCCAUCACCAUCAUCAUCCUCAUCACCACCACCAAUAGCAGCACCUCCACCACACACACACACACUUAUACACACACACACACACUCAACCAACACACACCUCCAGUAUGCUUCACUCUCUCCACCCUCUCCGCUCCUUGCAGCCCUAUCCAUAACAAUGAAACAGGUGACUUUCAUGCUGCUGUCAGGAAUGAUCUAAUUUUAGCUGGGUGAAUGAUUGCAAUUGGCUUUGCCUCAUCAGAUAAUUAAUCUAUGUCACCAUUAAUUGGAAAAGAGAAUAAUUACGGGGCCGUGUUGACAGAAAUUCUACGCUUCUCCAGAUCCCAGGAUCUAAUUACACCUACUAAAACCCUACUGACCUUAUCCUGUGGUUAGUAUACCUGCAGAGCCCUAACUAGUAUCUGACCAGGCCUUCCUCCCUUCCUCCUCCCCUCCCUCCCUCCCUCCUUUCUUGUUCCUCCUCUCUUCCUUUCUCUCUUCCCUUCUUUCUUUCUUUUGUUUAUCCCCCCUUUUCCCCAUCUUCUCCGAGAGCUGUCUCUCUCAAUCACUUUUCAAUAUUCAAUCUUAAUUUUGUGGAAGUUUAGCAUUUUCAAUGAGCUGGAGAUGAAUGAUUAAUGAAUAAAUUUAAAUGCUUCAUUUUG